AUGGCUUAUUCAGCUGGUGACGUUGGUUCGCAUCACUGGUUCCCUGAUACUGGAGCAAUGAACCAUGCCACACCUGAUCCAUCUGUGAUGUCUUCUGCUGCUGGCUACAAUGGGCCUAACACGUUGCGUGUCGGUGAUGGAACAUGUUUGCCUAUUGAUCUUUCAACCAAGGCGGUCCUGUAUAAAGGUAGCACUUCAGGGGGUCUUUAUUCUUGGCCCGUUUCAAAUGUUGGUCCUGCUGCAUUAGCUGCUGCUCAUACUUCUUCACGAUGUGACAUAAUCGGCUUGGACAUCCACAUCUUCGUGUCUUGCGUCAGAUUUUAGAUUGUUGUUCUAUUAGUUCGUCUCUUUGUUUUGCUUGUCAUGUAGGGAAAGCCUCUCGGUUUCCUUUACCUCGUAUUGAACGUUCUAGUUCGCAUGUUUUAGAAUUAAUUUAUACAGAUAUCUGGGGCCCAUCGCCUUUACUUUUUGUUAAUGGCUUUCGUUAUUUUGUGUUGUUUGUGGAUGAUUACACUUGAUAUGUUUGGUUCUACCCUAUGCGUGCAAAAAUUGAUUUAUAUUCCAUUUUUUAUCGUUUUCGCUCUUUAG